AUGUUUAACAAACCGAAAUCGAAAAGAAAUUUUCGUAAAAGACGAGUAGAAGACAACGAAGAGGACACAGAUGACAAAAAUAACGAACCUUCCGAAGUUGAAAAUGGCCUCGAAUUAGCAAAAUUAAAGCGAGAAUUCAAGAAGAAAACUGCCGGUGUUAACGCAGAGUCUCUCGCAAAAGGGACAAAAACGCCCCGAUUCGAAGAUCCAAAUGAUCCAUACAAAAUGAAAUCUGGCGGAGGACUCACCCAAGUAAGAGAAAAACGAUUGGGCGCAAACGAAAAAGAUGUUACUCAAAUAUCGUCAACGUUCAAGACGGAGAAGAAAAUUCGAGAUGAGGAAGAGGAAAUGAACAAGUUUAUCGAAUCGGAAAUCCUGAAGAGAAGAGGGGUAGAAUCCGCGACGAAGGAAGCAAUGAAUCAAAACUUGCGAUUGGAAGAUAUUGUUGACCCUAAGUUCCUCUACGAAAUCCCUGAAAAAUAUCGAGCAACUUCAAAGCAUCUGCGCGAGGAUGGCUUGCUCUCCGCUCAGAUGCUAACAGGAAUACCAGAAGUGGAUCUCGGCGUGAGCAAUAAACUCCAAAACAUCGAGCGCACCGAGGCGGCGAAAAGACUUCUCGUGGAUAAGUUUAUCAAAGACGAAAAAGAAGCCUCCUCGGACAAGUCUCUUGAGAGGUCGUAUGCGAGAGACGCAGCUGUCAACCGCGGUGGGAACGAAUUCACUGAUCAGUUCUACUCGCAACACAUGCGCUUCUACAAAGGGGAAGAAGUGGAAACAGAUGCUGUCAAGAAAAUUAGAACGCAGACAGGAGAAUGGAAAUCGAAAACAAGAGAGGGCGUGUACGGCGAGGAGAAGGUCGUUGGAGGGGUUCAUGGAGGCGACAGGAACGCGGACGAACCAGUUAGCGAGGUCGACAAAGAGAUUUACAAACGAUUCCGACUCACAGAAGGCGCAGACGUUGAGCGAUCCGUCGAUACUACUGGCCAUAGGAUAUGA